AUGGAAUAUUCAACGCAUGUAUUUAUUCAACAACCACCUACUACUGAACAAAAUUUUGAAUCGAAACUUCAAGAUGUAUCAGAUCAAAUAACAACAAAUGGUUGCAUAUGUCCAAAUGUAUUUGCUCCAUUUACAAAUCUUGCUGUACAACAAGCAGUCGUGUCUUCGAGACAUAUUGCCUUUUUACUUCAAGAUGGACGAAUAUGUCGAAUAUCGUUUCGUAUUCAAGCGGAUAAAAUUGAACCAAAUUCAACAGAAGCAACGAAAACUAAGCCUAAACAAGUGCCGUCUCAAAUAGCUCGUCCUCAAUCACGUCAAUCGAUUCAUCGCUUAAAUAAUUUUGAUCGGCCAACUUUUGAAAAUCUUGUUUUAUCAUCAUCAGGCUCAUCAAUUGCUCCUAUAACGAAUACCAAUGGGCAACUUGAUUUAUUACCACAAUUACAAGCUGGUUAUCCAUUGAAUCGACGACAUCAUUUAAUUCGUACAGCACGUGGACGAACUGGAAUUAUAUUUGGUUCACGGCCAUUAAUUCCAGCAUCGAGCGUACCCGAAGAAUUAAUUGAACAAGUUCAAGUUGUUCUUCAAGGAAAAUCUCGAAAUACUAUUCUACGAGAAUUACAAAGAACAAGUUUAGAUGUUAAUAUGGCUGUAAAUAAUUUACUUGCACGUGAUAACGAAGGUGAUGAAGAUUUCGAUGAUGAUUAUGUUGGAGCUGAUCUCAUCUCUUUACUUGAUGUUAAUCCACAUAAUGAACAUCCUGGGCUUAUACUCGAAUCAGAGUUCUUCGAUGAACCUGAGUUCGCUCUACGCUAUAGUAGUAUUCAACGUAGAGUGGUUUCAGCAAGACUAGCUAAUGCUGUAAACAAUACAUCAACGUCACCAUCAUCUACACUAAAUCCUUCGCUUCCUGAUUCAUCAACAACAAAUGCAAAUCCAUCUGCGAUCAUCACAUCUUCGACAACAUCGAAUGAUCGUGAUCGUAAACGAAGUCGCUAUGAUCCACGCUGGCUUGAUGGUUCUCUCCGAGAGGAAUUAUUUGGUCGUAUCGAUCGUGAAUUAAAACCCGAUGAUCUAUCCAUAGUUAAAGAUUCGAAUACUAAAACGAAUUCAUCUAUUCGUAAAGAACACUCCCAUCAUUAUCAACAUCAGCAUUCAGCGCCGGCAGCUAUAUUAACUUCUACAUCAUCAUCGUCACCACAAAAUGCAAUUUUAUUCGGUGAUCAAUUACAAUUUUGGACGGAUGCCAAUUGUGAUAAUAUCUAUCCACGUUUUACACAUAUAGCUUGUCUCUAUUCAGAAUUAAUUGCUAUAAAUACCAAUGGACAAUUGUGUCAGUGGAAUUGGCAUGAUGAUUAUCCAUAUCAAGAUUCUGAUAAUUCACAAAUCAGACAUCCAAAAACGUUAAUCUUACAAUUAUUCAAUGAAAAAAUUAUUAAUCUAUCUGCCAAUCUUAUCCGUGCAACUAUAUUAACCGAAACAAAUCGUAUAGCAACGUGGAUUGAUGAAUCGUUAGGUUCACAAAUAAAUCUUAAAUUUCAACAUUCAUUACAGGAAUUUUCAUCGGCACGUAUUAUCGAUAUACAAACAUCAUCAUUGUAUACCAUAUUUCGAACUGAAACAAAUGAUUUAUAUUGGUAUGGUUUAUUGCCACAUAAACCACGUAGGAAAUUACUUGAACGUUUAAAAGAUAAAACUCGUCAUAAGAAUCGAACCAAUAAUCAACAACAAAUCAUAGCAGUUGGCUGUUUAGUUUGUUUAAUAUCGAAUCCAUAUUAUAAUCAAGGUGCGUGGGCUUUUUAUGUACGCGAUGGACAACCAAAACUGGGGCAACUAAUGGAACAAGCAUGGAUCCUAUCGAAUACAGCACGUUUUCGUAUAAAAACAUUUGAAUUAAUACCAAAUAAAAUAAAAGAUGAUGAUAAAAGUUCACUGGAAAUGCCUCCACCACCAUCACCUGCAUCAUCGACGUGCAGCGUAGAUUCCAAUACAAGUUUUGCAUCGUCAUUAAAACGGAAAAAACAACAUACCAAUUCAUCGGCAGGUGCAAAUCCAUUUUUAGCAGCAAACACUGAUAGCGACUCCAAUGAACAACAACAGCAACAUAGUAAAAUAAAAGACGAAGAAUAUUGGCCAUUAGAUGAAGUUGUGUUUAUCGAAGAUUGCCGAGUUGCACCCAUAGGAAAAGUUAUGAAAAUUGAUGGAUCACUUGUACUAGUGAAAUUUCCAUCGAAAAAUAACAAUGAUACAACUGAUCCAAAUAUUGAGGCAAACAAUUUGGAAAAUUGUCGCAUCCUUCGAAAAGACGAUCUUCUAGUCGUGAAAGGUAAUCAAGCACCAAAAACUCCCGAUUGCACAUUAUCACUGCCGAAUUCCAAGAGAAUUUCCUUAGAAAACGGAACUCUAUUAACGUUCUCAGUCGAUAAAGAUUAUCUUCAUACAUUACAAUUACGCGAUACAACGAUUUACUAUAUAAUGUAUGAAGUUGGAAGUAACAAUGGUUUAUGUCGUGCUGUUCGACAAAAUAGUUUACCUCUAAUUAAUAACCGUCAAUCGUUGUUGUCGUUUAUUGGUGAAAAUAAAAAUCUCCUACGUUUACAUACAUUAAAUUCUCUUGAUAUUCCGCCACGCGUAUUAAUUGAUAGUAAUCGUUUAAUUUAUUCAUUAAUUUACAAUCAAGAAAAUUCGAAUAUAAAAGAUCCUCAAUGGAAAAAUUUAUUAGCGAUAAAUUAUUUUUCUCAAGGAAUAAUUCCAAUAAAAAAUAUUGACCAAGCCAAUAAAAAUCCUAUUAUAUUAAGUAUAAUGCAAAUACAAAAAGGAAUUUUAAUUCCACAUAUACUUCGCUAUGAUAUUGAUAAAAUACGUUCAAUAUUAAAUGAAAUUGAACUCAAUCGAAAUCAAGAUUUAUUAAAAUUAAUCUUAGACGAGCAUAUCGAUGGUUUUCGAAAUCUCUUUCAUGCUUGUGUUCAUAUUGCAAUACCAUCAACAAACAAAGAAUAUCUUAUUACGGAUGAGCAAAUACAAAAUGAAACCAACAAUUCUAAUAAUCUUAAACGUAUUUCAUUUGCCAUCGACUUUCUUCAUUCACAAUCGACCCCCGAUCAUAAUGAUGCCAAUGCAACACGAAUGAAUAAUUCAUCGAAUGUACCUGAACAACAGAUUACCUCAUGGCCACCAGUAUCUUCAUCAAAUGAAUCUACAGAUGCACCGCCACCACCAUCAUCAUCUCCAAGGCGAUCACCCCAUUUUUCUAGAAGUGCAUCAACUACUGGAGCAGCAGCAGCAGCAGCAACAACAACAACAACGACAAAUGCUGGUUCAUUAUCUCCAUCGUAUACAUCAACAUCAUUAUCAUCAAAAAUACAAUAUCUUCAAAGUCAAGUAAUUCAACAACAAGCGAAUCAGCCAACGGCACCACCGAAUUAUCCAGGUGGAUCAAUAGCUGGUUCAGUACGUUCGGUACGUCCGAAUGCAAAUGAAUUUAUGGUUUGGUCAUCAUGUAAAUAUGAUGAACGUGAAAAACGUUUACGUGCAAUAAAAAUUCUUCGUCUUCUUAUCGAUUGCCCAUUGUUGCAAGAACAUCUUCUAUCGCUGCUCAGUUUUCGUAAUUUCGAAGGACAAACGCCAUUUAUGCUUGCUAUUCAAUCACGUGCCUAUCAGAGUGCCUCAAUUCUAUUUGAAUAUGCUGUUAAAAUAGCAAAACGUGAAUCAUCCGAAGAACAAUCGUCAACUAUACAAUUUUUUCUUGAAUCAUCAACAAUAGAAAUUCCGAAAUUAUCUUAUAGAAGUCUUCUGCUACAAAUGAUCUAUCCAUUAGCAUCGAAUAAUUCAGACAAUUCACCGCUAUAUACAUUAUGUACGAAUGAUACAUGUUCGUUUACAUGGACAGGCGAAGAACAUAUAAGUCAAGCGAUAUUCGAAUGUAAAACAUGUGGUCUUUCAGGCACGUUAUGUUGUUGUAGUGAAUGUGCGCAAACAUGUCAUAAAGGACAUGAUUGCCGUUUGAAACGUACAUCACCAACGGCCUAUUGUGACUGUUGGGAAGUAUGUAAAUGUAAAUCAUUAAUAGCCGGUGAUCAACAAAAACGUUUUGAAUUAUUAAAAUUAUUAUUGAAUGAAACAAAUCUUGUCGAAAUUAAAAAUUCGCGUUAUGAAAAUCUGCUAUUAUAUUUAGUACAAACCGUAGGCAGACAAAUGGUUGAGCAACAACAAUUUGUUCGAACAGCCACCAAUGCUAUUUUACAGCAGCAAGCGAGGAAAACACGCGAACAACUAUUAAAUAGUGCAUCGAUUAUAACCGGAUCGAGUGCCCUAUCGAAAAAAUUACAAAAUCAAAUUGCGUCAUCAGGAAUAAUCAAUACGAAUGCAUCGAAUCCUCUGGAUAUAGAAUCAACGACUCAAACAAAUAACAUUCCUGAUCAUCAUUUAGAACCACCGCAAUUUUGUCGUCGUGCUCUUGAGUUUAUUCUUACGGAUUGGUCGAGUGUUAAAUCCAUGUUGCUAUGUGGUUGUCCCGAUGAUAUUGAUCCAACUACAAUAAAAACAAAUCAAACAUAUUCUCCGACAUCUCAAGGCCCACCAGCAAUGUCCGCUUAUAAUAAUGAAAAUAUAUUUUCCCUAGAUGAACAACAACAAACAAGUCAAUUAGAUCGUUUUACUUAUCUUCUACUUGUCAAAUGUAAUACAAUCAAACAAACGAAUUCAACCACAUCAAAAACUUCGACAACCAAUGAUCUUCUUGAUAUAUUGUUAAAUACUUUGUUACGUGAAAUGACAAAUCCAAUCAAUCGUGACAUGGCUCGUUAUGUUGCAGCACGUUUUGUACGCAGUGUUAUUCGUUUAUUUAUUAUAUUGAGCCUUCAAAUCCUAUCCGAGAAAACUUCGACAACGAAUUCAACAGUAAAACGUCAUAUGACAAAUACAAAUCUUUCGUCAUCAUCGAUAUUAUCCGGUUCACAAACAAUUCUCUUACAAUGUAAACGUGUUUUUCAAACAUUAACUCUAAUUUCUGUCCAUGCACUUGCUCAUACGGCUGAUCUAUUAAUUUCACCUGUUCGCCAUGGGAUAGUUAAACCCAUAGCUAUGUUUAAUCUUCUAUCGACACAUACGGAUAUAUUACAAAGUCUCGAUGAAAUAUUUAAUAUUGAUUCUGAAUAUUAUCGUGCCUAUCAUCGUUUUCCGACGGCUACAAAUGAAGAUUUAAAUGAUACGAAUACUGAUAAUACAAAUAUUGAUCUAACUGAAGACGACGAUAAUAAUUCCGAUACACAAUCUCAACAUGAAAUCAACAAUCCGACAACAACUAAUAUGAAUAUCAAUGAACGACAAAGUCGAGUACCCGAAAAUCUUGCAUCGAGUUUAAGCGACAAUGAAAGUGAAAUGGAAUUAGAAUUACUUGCCGAAUCCGAUACAGACAAUGAAAGUAAUCAUAGUGCACCGAAUACAAAUACACAUCGAACUUCGGCAACGGCUGGAAGUGAAAAUAUGGCUCUGUUUUCUGACGACGAAAAUUCUGACUCGGACGAUGCUGAUAGCGUUCGAAGUGAUAGUGUUCUAGGUGAAGGUGAUGAAACAAGUCAACAUGAACCAAUGUUAUUUGAUGAUGCUCGAGAUGCUCUAGCGGUUGCUGCAGCAACUACGAGCGGAGCGACAACGACCAAUGAUCGACUAGUUUCAGUACCACCUGUAGGAAAUAUUCCAGCAGGAUCAAAUGUUCAAACAGCGAAUUCAACAACGAACCAUUUAAAUGUACAACGAUUAUCAAAUAGAGCUGCAAUCACUGGUUCGAUAUUUGGUGAUAACAAUCCAUCUCGGCGACAAAUGAAUCCUAUGACAACUAGUUCUUCAUCGGCGAAUUUAACUAAUCCAGCAUCCUCUCAACAAUUAUCACAACCAGCCGCCACUAGUAUGUCUGUGAAUACAACGAAUUCUUUAUUAGCCAGAGCAUUUGGUAUUCUUAUUCGGCAAAUAACUGAUUUACUUGUUCGAUUGCCAACGACAUUAUCCGCUUCAUCAUUAUAUCACGACGUAUUAUCAACUGCAACAACGAUCGACGAGCAAAAUACUGUUAAUACAAUACAAAAAGAAAUUGAACAAUGUUUAUUACCAACUUGGCAAUGGUUUGCAACCAUACUCGAUUCAUUCGAAUCUCAAGUACGUUUCGGUAUGACAUUAAGUAAUCUAGUGCAUAAUGAAGCCGAUACAACAUUACAUGGAAAUCGUUUUCUUAAAAAUCUUAUUGAACGUACACAAAUUGAAAUCAAGAAAAAAUCAACAACAAAUCGAAUAACGAAUACAUCAACAAAUACUUCAGAAAAACCAGCAAACAAUCGUCUCGAUUUUCUUAAUUAUUCAUUAUCAUUAAUGCGUUCCAUACAUGAACAUGGCGAUCAAGAGCCACCAAUGGAUGUUUUAUCCUACAAACAUUUUGCUUAUUUAUUAGACGCAUUUAUUUACUAUUUUCGUGAAAAUGGUUUAAACGAAAUGAAUAAAUCAAUAGUUUCUCGAAAAGAAACGAACGAAGAAACGUCAACCAACGAAGAACCUACUGAUCCAAAUAGAAUAACAUCGAAUGAUUCAUUUUUUCAUCGUUCAUCAUCAACGUUAUGUCUGAGUUCAUUAGGACCUGAUCCAUUUCAAAUAACAAUUGAUGAUUCGUUACCAUUAGCAUGUCGACCACAAUUACUUCAACCGGUAUGUCGCAAAGAAGAUCUAUUCGGGCGAUUUCUUUAUGAUCAAACAGCAGCAAAAUAUUCACAUUUACCAGCACAACUUAGUGUAUCGAAUCGAACACGCAUGAUACCGGAUUUUUUACAGCCGAAUUAUUUAAAUCUAUUUAGUUCAACAAUACGAGAAGGUAAAACAGACAAAACGAAUACCAAAACACGAGAUGAUGAUCGUAUGGCUGUAGAUGUACUAUUGGAUUUAAGUUCCGGUCUUGGUUCAUCGGAUAAAAGUCGAACUAGACCAUCAAUAAACCAUUCUAUUCUUCUGAAUGGUUCCUAUGAAUAUCUGUUAGCACGAUGGAGAUUUUCAAUAGAAUUAUUUGUAAAAUUAUUUUUGGACGAUGUUGGUAUAGAACCCGGCUCAAUUAUAAAUGAAUCCAGUGGAUUUUCGGCUCGUGAACAACGUUUUCGUCAUGAUAUGGAAAGAAUUAAAAAUACACAUCAGAAAGAUAUUCGUUUCGAAGCGAUGGAACGUGAUCGUAUAUUAUUAAUACAAAAAACAUUUCGAACGCUCAAUUCAUAUUUUUAUCGCAAUCAAAAUAUAAGUUCAUCAUUAUCAUCGGUACCACCAUUAGCUGUACAACGUGUCAAAGUUACAUUUAAAGAUGAGCCUGGUGAAGGCAGUGGAGUAGCAAGAAGUUUUUAUGCAUCGAUUGUUGAAGCGAUUCUAUCUGAAGAAAAGUUUCCGAUUCUUGAAUUGAGUUCAUAUGGUGGGUCAUCGACAGGUCAAUCGCUAUCUGGUGGCUUACCGUCUUCUCAUGCGCAUCAUCAACGUUUAUCUCGUGAACGGCGUACCGUAUUGGCAACGUAUUUACGCAGUGAUCGACGUUCAUCAGCGAUGCUUCUUUCAUCGGAAGCACGUCCGUUUCGAUUAAAUCUACCACCGUCAACAGAACCCACAAUAACAAACAAUCCUGAACCAUUGAUUAUUGAACAUUGGACACCCAGUAAAAUAAAGCUAGGUUUGAAUAUCUAUCCAAAAGUUGCCGCUCUUCAACCGUCGCAUGCAGAAAAAAUUACUGGAAUGCUAUUAGAAGGUUUACCAACACCGCAAUUACAACGCAUAAUUAAUGUUGAAGAAGAUCUAAAAAGUAAAGUUGAUGAAGCUAUGACUAUUUUAACAGCAUUUAAUGCACGUGAAACGCAACAAAAUGAUUUAUCAACAACCAAUGAACGGCUAUUAAAUAAUAAAACUUUAACGUUCGAUAAGCAAUUAAAUGAUUAUGCACCGCUAUUUUGGCAACCAGAAAAAAGAGGUGUUUACGCGCCAAGACCAGGAAAAUGUACUCCAGAACGUUUAAUGGCUUAUCGAAAUGUUGGAAGAUUAAUUGGUUUAUGUUUAUUACAAAAUGAACUUUUUCCAUUGCCAUUAUGUCGUCAUGUGAUAAAAUAUAUGCUGAAUCGAACAAUACGUUGGCAUGAUUUAGCUUUUUUUGAUUCAACGAUGUAUGAAAAUCUACGUCGAAUGGCAUUCGAUGCAGAGAAAAAUGAAUCACAAUAUGUUACGGAUUUACAUUUAACAUUUUCAAUGACUGUUACAGAAAAAGAGGGUGGUGAAACUUAUGAUCUAAUUACUGAUGGUUCAACGAAAGAUGUAACCUAUUCUAAUCUAUAUGAAUUUAUAAAACGUUAUGCUGAAUUUCGAAUGGUUCAUCUCGUCGAACAAUCACUACAGCAUUUACGUUUGGGCGUAUUCGAUGUGCUACCAUCAACAUCUCUUGAUUAUCUAAGUCCGGAAGAUUUUCGUUUACUUCUCAAUGGCACAAGUAAUAUAAAUAUAACAACACUGAUGGCAUAUACAACAUUUAAUGAUGAAAGUGGAGAAACAACUGAACGUAUAAAUCAAUUUAAAAAAUGGUUCUGGUCUGUCCUGGAAAAAUUCUCUCCUCUGGAAAGACAAGAUCUAAUCUAUUUUUGGACGGGUAGUCCUGCAUUACCAGCAUCAGAAGCUGGUUUUCAGCCUCAACCAUCUGUUACCAUUCGACCAGCUGAUGAUCAACAUUUACCAACAGCAAAUACAUGUAUUAGUCGUUUAUAUGUUCCAUUAUAUUCUUCAAAAACAAUCUUAAAAUUAAAAUUACAGUAUGCUAUUAAAACAAAAAUGUUUGGUUUUGUGUAA